CUGGCAAAUAUCACCAUUUCAAUCAUUAACAUUCUAUUCGAUGUAAUUUAAUUAUAUGCAAAGCAUUCCUCAACUUAAGAAGGGUCAAAUUGAAACUCUGUGUGGAGACUGCACAGCAUUUUGAUGCUGACUUCGAUUUUGGGCUCAAUAUCGGUGUGAGUAAAUAUCCUACAAUUCGCAGGCCAUGUCCAGAAAAUGCUCCCGAUUGCAGUUAAUCUGCGGUUUUUUGGUGCUUGUUUUAUGUUGGUGCAACUUUCAAGCAUUGGCCGGCAAUUCUCCUCGUCCAAUUUCUGACCAAGAGAUUCGUGAGAAGAAGGCCAUCUGUUACCAAGACAUUGAAAAUGGUUUGUGGGGAAGGCAAUGCAAAUUAUCACCAGCGGCCAAAGAGAAUUGUGCCCUUAGAUGUCUUUCCGCAGUUUGCUACGAACACAUUUAUGGCGACGAUCCUCUAGAGGAAGGGGAAUUAGACUACAAACGUGGAAAAGAAUAUAAGUACUGCAUGUACAGCCGUGCACAGAUUUUGGGGGAAAUACAUCUUACAGUACUUCAAUGAACAGAAAGUUACAUCCUUCUUUCUACAGGAUUACUUGGGAGCUCUCUUCCUAAAAUAGUCAUUACAGCUGACAAAUGUGCUUUUGUUAAUCAUGGACCUCACUUCUUUGUUAAUGCUUCUGGACACUUAGGCUAUUUGAGUGCCAGUAAUAUGUUGUUUUCAAGAUCAACUUGCUUUAUCCUUUGAAUGGGGUAAUCAUUCGGCACAUAAUGCACAACAUAAAUAAUAGUGCUUUGAAAUAUGGCAUAGGUAUCUGUCAUGCAGGCGAAAGACUCAGUUGCCCAACUUGUUUGGAUUUUGCUUUAAUUGAAUGUUGAACUGUGAAAAUGC